CCGGGUUUCACCCGGACAGUGCACGGCUACGGAGGUGGGAGCACGCUGGCAUCGUUUCUUAUAGUUCGUCUCAAGGAGAGUUCGUUAUUACGGAUUGUGGCCGCGACCGGGCAUUUCAGCUAUGGCACCAAAGAAGAAAAAUAUUAAAAAGAAUAAAGCAGAAAGCAAGGACACGACUGUCAUUGUGGAAGAAAGUACAAUUAUCCACUUAAGUGGCAUGAAUGGCCUUGUGGAUGGAGGCAACGGUUUUAGUUGUAUUUCGACAGAGAUCUCCAACUUAUUCCACAGUUCUAGUCUCUUAGAAGCAAUCAACAGAAUGAGACAGGAAAAUUUUCUGUGUGAUUUAACACUUUCCACAAAAACCAAGUCAUUUGAAGUCCACAAAGUCGUGAUGGCUUCUUGCAGUGAGUACUUCAAGAACAUCCUAAAGAAAGAUCCAUCUACCCAAAAGAUAGACCUCAAUGAAAUAUCUCCAGUGGGCCUUGUCACAGUCAUCACUUAUGCCUAUUGUGGAAAGAUAACAUUAUCCUUGUAUACAAUUGCUAGCACCAUAGCAACAGCCAAUUUGCUCCAGAUUAGUUCUCUCGUAAAAAUGUGCUGUGAUUUCUUGAUGCAGGAAAUCAACGUAGAAAAUUGCAUGUAUAUUGCUAAUAUUGCAGAAACAUAUGGACUUAAAAGUAUCAGCGAAGCAGCACGUAAAUUCAUAACUGAAAACUUCUUAGAAUUUUCAGAAAGGGACCAGUUCUUGAAGUUAACCUUUGAACAAAUCAUGGAAUUCAUGCUGGAUGAUGAACUACAGUUACCUUCGGAAAUCACGGCAUUCCAGAUUGCAAUGAAAUGGCUGGAUUUUGAUAAUAAAAGGGUUAAAUAUGCCGCAGAUUUACUGAACACCAUUCGAUUUGGUACCAUUUCAGCACAGGACCUGGUGAACUAUGUCCAGACUGUACCAAGAAUGAUGCAAGACCAAGAAUGUCACAAAUACCUUGUAGAAGCCAUGAACUAUCACCUCCUUCCCUAUCAACAAAACACCUUGCAGUCUCGAAGGACAAAAGUUCGUAGUGGUCUCAAAGUUCUAGUAAUAGUGGGUGGCCGUCAAGAACUAACAGAGAAGUCACUCAGCAGAGAUGUUAUAUAUAGAGAUCCUGAGCGUGUUUGGAACAAACUUGCUGAAAUGCCUUAUAAGAGCUUCAAUCAAUGUGUGGCCGUGAUGGAUGGAUUCCUCUAUGUUGCUGGCGGCGAAGAUCAAAACGAUGCUAGGAAUCAAGCCAAGCAUGCUGUGAGCAACUUCUGCAGGUACGAUCCUCGAUUCAAUACAUGGAUUCAUCUGGCAAGCAUGACUUAUAAACGUACUCACUUCAGCCUCAAUGUCUUUAAUGGUUUAAUCUUUGCAACUGGGGGGAGGAAUUCAGAGGGUGUCCUUGCCUCGGUUGAGUGCUAUGUGCCAGCAACCAACAAGUGGCAUUUGAAAGUGCCUUUGGAGGUGGCCAGGUGCUGUCAUGCUAGUGCAGUGAUUGACGGGAAAAUCCUUGUAACUGGAGGCUAUAUCAAUAAUGCAUAUUCCCGUCUGGUCACUUCCUACGAUCUGUCAGCUGACAGCUGGCAAGAUGCAGCCAACCUUAGCACACCGAGGGGAUGGCACUGUGCCAUCUCCCUUUUAGAUCGUGUUUAUGUCCUGGGUGGGAGUCAGCUAGGAGGUCGCGGGGAGAGGAUAGACGUGCUCCCUAUAGAAUGCUACAACCCACGUUCAGGCCAGUGGUGCUUUGCAGCCCCUCUCCCUGUCGGCGUCAGUACCGCUGGUGUUACAAAUCUUGACAAUAGGAUCUAUGUAGUAGGAGGUUGGAAUGAAGUAGAAAAGAAGUAUAAGAAAUGUGUCCAGUGUUUUAACCCAGAUCUCAACGAAUGGACAGAAGAAGAUGAUCUACCAGAGGGGAUAGUGGGUUUAUCCUGUUGUGUUUUCACCAUGCCUAGGCAGAGAACGCAAGAAUCCCGGACCAGUUCAGUGUCAUCAGUUCCCGUCAGUAUUUGAGGAACAUUUUUAGUCAAAACCACAAUUGCACAAAAAAUUGUUUGGGCUUAAAUUAAUAAUUAAUUUUCAUUGUUGAAUACAAAAGAAUUAGAUUAAAAGGAACAAUUAGAGGUAAAUCAUUGCCGUUAAAAGAUGUACAUAUCAUAAUGGUGUGCUUCAGUUCAUUGUUUUCCUCAAAGGGGAAGAAAGUCAGUUACAAAGGGGUAUCUCAGCAUGGGUCGUGUAGUAGUUAGUGUAAUGCAAUUACAGCUCAGGACAUCAGAGUUCAGAGUUUAAUUCUGAUACCCUCUGUAAGAAGUUUGUAUGUUCUCCCCAUAAACGCCAGGCUUUCCUCUGGAUGCUCCAGUUUGCUUCCACAGUCCAAAGAUAUAUCAGUUGGUAGGUUAAUUGGUCACUUUAAAUUGUCCUGUUAUUAGGCUGGUGUUAAAUCAGUGGGUCGCUGGGUGGCACGGCUUGUUGGGCCGAAACGGCCCGUUCGCAAUGCAUCUCUAAAUAAAUAAAAAUAAAAUAGCCAGUCCACACCUGCCAGGACAUUAAUGUAACAGCCUCAUCAUUAAAACUUGGAAACUUUUAUAACUGCUUGAAGUUUAAAUAUUUGGUUUGUUAGAUUCAUGCAUUACAAAUAUUCUUUUUCCCCCAAUUCUUUUGAAGUAUUUAGUUCCUUUUCAGUAUCCACUAUAAUGAGCUCAUGCAUAACUUUACUGGAGUCUGUCAUAGAGUCAUUGAGCACUACAGCACAGAAACAGGCCCUUCAGUCCAUCUAUUCCAUGCCUAGUCCCAUUGACCCACACCUGGACCAUAGUCUUCUCUGCCCUUCACAUCCAGGUACUCAUCCAAAUUUCUCUUGAAUGUGGAAAUCGAACCCACAUCCACCAUUUCAGCUGGAGUCCCAUUCCACACUUGCAGCACCCUCUGAGUAAAGAAGUUCCCCCUCAGAUUCCCCUUAUAUAUAUCACCUUUCACCCUUAACCUAUGACCUCUAGUUCAAGUUUCACUCAGUGGGAAGUAACAGCAAGUCACUUAUCCUUUAGAAAAUCAGUCUUCAAUCAUAUCACACAAUCUUGCUUAUUCCAUCAAUGCAAUGCAAACAGACACGGUUUUUUUUUAAGCAUAAGACAUACCAGCUGUCUUUUGAUAUCAAAAGUAUGAAAGGAAUUGGUCAGACAAAUAACAAAAUCUUUUGGAGAAUUCUAGAUUUUUCUAAAGAGAUUCUUGGUGAAUACUCUUGGGAAGUUUGAUACCCAGUUUUGCCAAAGCUGGCUGUUUUAUUGAGAAUGAUUAGUUUUUAAAAUGAAAUUUUUAAAAUCUAUCUUUAUUACACUUGUACUUUGUUAAUACAGCAGAGUCCAUUGAAUCGCAUGCUUUUGCCUACUGUUCAGUGACUCAGCAUUAUAUUUUUUGACCAAACCUUCAACGGUUUAUGACUCAGCUGUUUUAAAUUUUCCAAAAUAAUAUGAAGAACAGAGGAUUACACAAUCAAACAUUAAUUUGGAAUGGGUCACAUGAUUUAUCACUGGCGUAUUUUUGCUUUAUCCUCCUUGUAUCUACCCCACCUUGCCAUUUCAACAUAUUGUUGGGUGACAGGGUGGAGAUGCAUCUCAACCAUAGAAGGUGUAAGGCACUCCUUCCCUCCGCUGGCCUGUAGGUCACCCUUGGGCAAGGUGUAGCACCUGCUUAGUCGUCCCCCCCCCCCCCCCAGCCAAAUCAGGAUCAUGUGAAGCCAUGAGGGGAGGUGGUGGAUAUUUGUACAAAUAGCUAGUGUAUAUCACAAGGCCUGGUUAUGUGACCACUGACACCAGUCUGACAAUCUCUUAAGGCACUUGUAAAGGCACUCUCAGAAGGUGGGAAUGGCAAACCAUUUCUGUAGAAAACUUUGCCAAGAACAAUCAUGGUCAUGGAAAGGCCACAACCACCUACCUCAUACAUCACUGCACAUAACAGACAUACUGGAGUAUGACUAUACAAGACUUCUCCAAAGCCAAAUGUUUUUUUCGCAUCUUCUCCCUUUACCAUUCCUGCCAACAUUUCUGGAGAUUUUUUUUUGAUAAAGUAAUCUAUCCCUGCUUUGAAAGUCUUCAACUUCUUCUGUUCCAUCUCCCUUUCACUUGAAUUACCCCAACUUUAUCUCUCAUUCUUAAAUUCCUUCCUACCAUCAUAAACACAAGAGAUACUGCAGAUGCUAGAAAUUCAGAUUAACACACACAAAAUGUUGGAGGAAUUCAGCAGGUCAGAUAGCAUCUAUGGAACUGAAUAAACAGUUGACGUUUCAGAUCAAGACUCUUCAUCCAAACCCUUUGUGUGUGUGUGUGUGUGUUAUUCCUGCCACCAAACUGGGGUACCACAAUUCCUCUUGCAUACUCACAUCCACGAGGCCAACUAUUUGGUCCCAUUGUACAAUCGUACAUUAUUAAUCAUCCACAACUGCACCAGUUUCCCCCUUAAGAAAACCACCGUCAGAUGCAAUUAACUUUCCUGCUAUUAGUCUUGUCCUCAAGUCCCCAAGGUUCAACUGUUCUGCUGUGGUGUACAGGACUCUCCCAUCUGUCACUCUUCAUUCUGAUUUCUGCCAAUAGCAUCUGUUCAAGCUAUCCUUUGUAAUUUCCCAUUCUGAUUAUCCUCUUACCUCCUCCCUUCUUCUCACCUAUUCAUCACCUCCCCCCAGUGCUCCUCUUUUUCCUUUCUCCCAUAGUCAACUCUCCUCCCCUAUCAGAUUUCUUUUUCUUCAGUUCUUUACCUUUUCCACCUCUCACCUGCCAGCCCCUUCCCCUUCCCCCACAUUCUUACUAUGGCUUCUUUUCCUUUCUUUUCCAGACCUGAUGGAGGGUUUUGGCCCAAACCAUCUACUGUUUAUUCCCCUUCAUAGAUGUUGCUUGACCUGCUGAGUUCCUCCAACAGUUUGUGUGUGUUGCUCCUUUGUAUUUGCAGCUUGUCUCCCUUCAUCUUCCUUUAACCUUAAACAGAUCAGUUCCCUCUAUUACUACUCUUCGUGGUGAAUCCUAAUAGCACUCUCCUCACAAGGUUCCACUUGUAAAUUUCUCACAAAACAUUAUGUCUCCUAUAUUAAAAUGGACCUGUAGUUCUUACUUGACCUUAUAUUUACAUGAAGCCCCCCAGUCAUAUUAGGACAUAAGCAACAGGAGUAGAACUCAGCCCGUUGUCCCACUGAGCCAUUCAAUCAUUACUGAUUUAUUAUUCCCUCUCCUGCAUUCUCAAGGGAAUAGAUUUAGGAUGGAGAUGAUUGAAUGGUGAAGCAGACUCAAUGGGUCAAAUUGCCUAAUUCUGUUCCUAUGUCUCACUGUCUUAUGAGGAGAAACUGCUUUUCCUAGAGAGCAGUGAAUCCGUGGUAUUCUCUGCCCAGGAAGGAGUAGAGGCUACCUCCCUAAAUAUAUUUAAGACACAGUCAGAUAGAUUUUGGCAUAGCAGGAAAAUUAAGGGUUAUUGGGAAAAGGCAGGUGGGUGGAGCUGAAUCCACAGCCAGAUCAACGCUGAUCUUAUUGAAUGGCAGAGCAUGCUCGACAGGCCAAAUGGGCCACUGCUGCUCCUAGUUCUCACGUUCUCCCCAUAACCUUUGACGCCUUCACUAAUCAAGAGCUGAUCAAUCUCUGUGUUAUACCCAAUGAUUUGGCCUCCAGAACCAUCUGUGGCAAUAGAUUCCACAGGUUUACAACCCUCUAGCUAAAGGAAUUCCUCUUCAACUCUUUUCUAAAGGGACGUUCUUUUAUGUUGAGGCUGUGCCCUCUGGUCCUACAUUCCCUCACUAUAGGAAACACCAUCUACACAUCCACUCUUUCUAGGCCUUUUAUAAUUCAAAAGGUUUCCUCCUUAUCCUUCUAAACUUCAGCAAGUACAGGCCAAGAACAAUCAAAUGUUCCUCAUAUUUUCCAAAGAUAAUGAGUUUGCUUUCUUGAGUCUACCUGCAGAGUGAAAAGUUACUCUCUCCUGCCAGUCAGGAACAUCGCUUUCCGUUAUCUUUAGCAGUGCUGCCUGUCCAACAUCAAAUAUUGAUGAGGUGGAGCUAUCUUGUGUCAUAAGAUCAGACACCUGUGCUGAGUUUAUUUUGUUUUCUUUCCAUUCACUCAGUCCAGUAUCAAUAUCAUUUGACCCAGUAGCGAAUUUCAAAUUGGACGUCCUCCUGUUAACUAUUUUCAUCUCCUAGCUUAGUUCCACUGUACAGAAGCCUAUUCUCUAUCUCUCCUGCUCCUGAGUUUGAUCUUACAUGAACUCCAGUAUGUCUAAAAUUCAAAACUUACUUACUUACUUCAAGUUGAGUGCAAAAGAUAAAGCUUAGCUUUAUUUGUCACACGUACAUCAAAACAUACAGUGAACUGUAUAAUUUCUAUCAAAUCAAAUAUGCGAGGGUGUGCAGGGAGCAGCUGGGAGGUGUCGCCACGUUUGCACCACCAACGUAGCAUGCCCACAACUUUCAAACCCGAACCUGUAGGUCUUUGGAAUGUGGGAGGAAACCCACGCUGUCACGGGGAAAACGUGUGAACUCCUUACAGGCAGGGUCAGGUAUUGAACCCCGAUCAGGGGUUGCUGGCUGGGCUGUAAAGCACUGCGCUAACCACUCUGGUUCUGGACUGCCUCUACAAACCCUCCACCUCCACUGUUACAACCUAAUUGCCUGUCAAACAUAUGUCAUUCAAGCUAUACCAUUUCAUCCUCUCCAUUGGCUUCCUAGCACCAGCUUCACCCCCUCCAUCAAUGCACACCCUAGGAACAGAAGUUAUCUGCCUAAAUCUAUUAUUCACUUGCAAGAGGCUCAUUAAAUCUUUUGAAACAUGUCAUAAAUUUUCUUUUUGUUUUUGAACUCCUCUCUGUAGCUGUUCUACCCAUUCUGUGAAAUAAUUUGGGAUAUUUCAAUGCUGUUAAAAAUACAAUGGAAUUGCAAGUUGUUGAUUUUGCCAAAGAAUUGUAUUAAAAGAAUCAUGAGAAAAUUCAAAAUUGUUUGUGUUGGCAAGAUUUCAAUUUCUUGAUUUUUUUCUUUGACCCUGCUCAAUGUCAAUUAGCAAAACAAAAUUAUAAGCUAUAAAAUUUUUGAAACUCAUAAUCCAUGUGGUGACAACAGGAAUUCUGCAGAUGCUGGAAAUUCAAGCAACACACAUCAAAGUUGCUGGUGAA